UACAGAAGCCUUAUAGGAAGUGUCCAAACUAUUUAAAACGUUUGGCUCGUCCAGGAUUGAUGUUUUUCUUAACGGUUAUUUUUCAGCGGAGAGUGACGCGUGAUACUCCGUGCACCGAUGUGACGAGGAGCGAUUAGUAGCUUUUUUCUUCGCGAACAAACUGCAGAAAUCUUGACGACUAACAGAAGAAACUUAAACAGACAUUAUCCAAGUGGUUCGUGUAUGUUAUCCCAGCAGUUACAAUGUUUUGUCUGUACUUCAUUGUCCGCGGUUGAACUAUUGUAGUGUAGCUCACAAACGUACGCGCCGAGCGUAAACAAUAAUUAUGCGCAGGUCUGAUUACUAACAAUGUCCGUAUGAUUAUUACUCCGGAUGCGGAACUGUUUAAUUAGUUUUAUUUCUGAGUAAUAGAAAGCCCGUAGUUGUCAUCCGGACGGCGGAUAAGUUCCUUCCACAGGAGGUAAUUUCACUUGUGUCCACAGAGCGGUACUAUUCAUUGACAAUAACGGGAGAAGCGCUUCUAUAGGUACAGUACUGGCAAGAUCCCGAUUCGACGUCGUUUUAACUUUCUCUCAGUUAUAAAAAUGGAUAUGCUUUGUGUGUGUAAGAUCGGAUACAGCAUCUGUCCGUAAAGGGAAAAAAACGUUUGAAGGCAAAAUUGUUCUUGUGCGAGCAUGGGAAUUGUUUCUCAACUUUCGCUCGAGGUCAGGCAUAUUGACCUUUGAAGAAUGCAUAAGCCAUAAAUUAAAAUGAAGUACUCAUCCAAAGCUGAUCCAUUUAGAGACAAUAAGCAACUUGGACAAGCAGACUGCUUUUAGUCUCUCCCAGCGUGAAAAAAACGGUGCUUUGAAACACACUGCAUUCAGACUAAAAGACUUUCUGCCCGUGGAUUUGGGGAGGAACUUGUGGUUUUGUGCAAGCAAAGAGCAUUUCCUAACUGGAUCCGGCGAGCAGAUACCGACAGAUCGCAGACGAACGCUUAUGGUGCCAGUCAUUUUCAUGAAUUCAAAAUCAACUCACCAGUGAUCUUUGGGAGCUGGGGAUAAAGUCUUUCUGUUUAUAACCCAAAUGCUGAACAUGGAGGGCUUUCUGCGUAGCAGCUUUUUACUGAGCAGAAUCAUGUCUUCCAAGCAAGCCACCUCUCCAUUCGCCUCGACCCCUGACGGAGGCGAGGAUGGAGUGAAUCAGGAGCGCAUGUCCUGGGAGAAAGAGGAGAACACGGAGUCACUAGUUGCCCCUCAGCUGCCCCUGCACAAUCUGCUCCACAACAAACCUCCCCCGGAGGAGCUCCAGCCAAUCAGCAGCAGCGUGCCGCCCGAAUCCGACUGGGACAGCCUGAUGUCGGCCCAGCAGCGCAUGGAAUCGGACAGCAAUAAAGUAUGUUCCUUAUACUCCUUCCGGAAUAACUCUACCUCUCCACACAAGCCAGAGGAGGGGGCCAGGGAGCGCGGCGACCUGCUGAGCAGUUCAGCCUUCGGAACGCCAGAGCGCCGCAAAGGAAGCCUGGCCGAUGUGGUGGACACACUGAAACAGAAGAAACUAGAGGAGAUGACAAAGACAGAGCAAGACGAAUCCUCCUGCAUGGAGAAACUCCUUUCUAAAGACUGGAAAGAGAAGAUGGAGCGACUCAACACAGGCGAGCUGUUAGGAGAAAUUAAAGGUACUCCAGAAAGUCUCGCAGAGAAGGAGCGACAGCUCUCCACCAUGAUCACACAGCUCAUCAGCCUGCGAGAGCAGCUCUUGGCCGCCCAUGAUGAGCAGAAGAAACUGGCCGCCUCACAGAUGGAGAAACAACGUCAGCAAAUGGAGCUGGCACGCCAACAGCAAGAGCAGAUUGCCAGACAACAGCAGCAACUUCUGCAGCAACAGCACAAAAUCAAUCUCCUCCAGCAGCAGAUCCAGCAGGUCCAGGGUCACAUGCCUCCACUCAUGAUCCCCAUUUUUCCACACGACCAGCGCACUCUGGCAGCAGCCGCGGCAGCCCAGCAGGGCUUCCUCUUCCCCCCAGGCAUGUCCUAUAAGCCAGGUGAUAACUACCCAGUGCAGUUCAUUCCAUCCACAAUGGCAGCUGCUGCCGCGUCAGGACUCAACCCUCUCCAGCUCCAGCAACUCUACGCCGCCCAGCUGGCCAGCAUGCAGGUCUCUCCAGGAGCCAAGAUGCCUCCGCUGCCCCAGCCCCCCAAUUCUACUGGGCCGAUCUCCCCGUCUGGCUUGAAGAAUGAAAAGAGGGCCUCAACCCCCCUGGCUCAAGUCAAGGAGGAAGGAACGCAGCCUCUCAACCUCUCUGCCCGGCCCAAGACAGCUGAGCCCGUCAAAUCCCCCACAUCCCCGACACAGAGCCUCUUUCCAGGCAACAAGAGCAGCCCGAACAGCCUGUCCAAAAGCGGAGGCAUCCCCAGCCCCAUCGGAGGAAUGGGCCGUGGCUCGUCUCUGGACAUCCUGUCCAGCCUGAACUCAACAGCACUGUUUGGAGAUCAGGAUGCAGUGAUGAAGGCCAUCCAGGAAGCGAGGAAGAUGAGGGAGCAGAUUCAGAGAGAGCAGCUUCAGCAUCAUCAGCAGGGAAUGGAGGCCAAGUUGUCUGCCCUCACCAGCAUGGGCCUGAACAACUGCAGGGCUGAUAAGGAGAGGUCUCAUUAUGAUAACCUGGGCCAUCACCUGGGCAAACUAGGCGAGGAUGGAAAGAUUGGUCACAGAGUCAUCGACCUUACCAGGCCAGAGGAUUUCGAGGGGUGUAGGGAACUGAAUGGCUCUGCAGAUAAACCACAUCAGUAUUAUUGUUGGCCAACAGGAGGCGCCAGCACUACCGAGGCACGGGUCUACAGGGAACCCCGGGGAAGGAACAGCAACGAACCUCACAUCAAACGGCCCAUGAACGCCUUCAUGGUCUGGGCCAAAGAUGAGCGCCGCAAAAUCCUUCAGGCCUUUCCAGACAUGCACAACUCCAACAUCAGCAAAAUCUUGGGAUCUCGCUGGAAGUCCAUGACGAACCAGGAGAAACAACCGUAUUACGAGGAGCAGGCACGGCUCAGCAAGAUCCACCUGGAGAAGUAUCCCAACUACAAGUACAAGCCCCGGCCCAAGCGCACCUGCAUCAUCGACGGCAAGAAGCUGCGCAUAGGCGAGUACAAGCAGAUGAUGAGGUCGAGGAGGCAGGAGAUGAGGCAGUUCUUCACUGUGGGGCAGCAGCCACAGACGCAGAUCCCCAUCAGCACCAGCGCAGGUGUCGUUUACCCCGGUGCCAUAACCAUGGCGACCACUACGCCCUCCCCUCACAUGACGUCAGACUGCUCCAGCGCCUCGGCCAGCCCCGAGCCCACCAUCCCCGUCAUCCAGAGCACGUUCAACAUGAAGAUGGAACCGGGCACCAUGGUGUCCAACGACCCCGUCAACGGAGAGGACGAGAUGGACAUGUACGAGGACUUUGAGGACGAGCCCAAAUCGGACUACAGCAGUGAGAACGACACACAGGAGCCGGUCAGUGCUAACUGAGGCCAGCGAAGAAUAUCCUUUUAUUAGAGGGAAAACUGAAGAAGAGAACAAAAAAAAAAAAGAAAUCAAAAAACUCGUUUCUGAUGAUAUACAUUUCGGGAGCCAGCAUGCAGAUGUGGCUCCUGCAGAUUUAACAGCUAUUGGUCUUAAGUGUUUCUCCGAGUGUGAGACAAUUUGAUUGUGUUUUAUUUUGGCUUUUUUUUUAAUUGUUAUUUUAUUGAAUUUUUUUUUUCUCUCGUGUUUUGAUCAUGGACAAUUUAGGGUAUUUCCUACGACAUUUUUGAAUAAUAGGACUUGACGAUUGAAACAUUUCAUAUGAAUGCAUAACUCACAGUCUUACUUAAAUUCAUAUGGUAUUAUUUUUUCUUUUGAAGCGUACAUUACUGUUUUCGAUGGGGUUCUAUAUCUCACUCAGGUAUGCUGUACCAGCCAACAGCUUGUGAAUGUUUUUAAUCAGAACUAUUUAAAAUGAAAAAACGACACUUCAUUUGACAUUUCAGAAGUCCUUACAUUUGCUGAACCAUUGAGGGAAAGCCUAAAACUCCCCAUUAUUAUUGUUGUUCUUGUUAUUAUUAUUAUUAUUAUUAUUAUUAUUAUUAUUAUUAUUAUUAUUACUACUACUACUACAAGUCCAGAUGUGCCAAACAUAUCAUAAGCUUCCUGCUCUUAAAUCUUAAAUUUAAAAGUCUUAAGGGAGAGACUGCAUGAGUCUUAGACAAUCCUUGCAAACUUAUCUACAAAGCCCACUGUUGUUGUUUUUUUUCCUCCUCUCCAUUGACUACAACGUCCAAAUGCUCAGGAACUAAAAAAAGUCAUAGUUCUCCAGGAGGUUCAAUGCAGUGAUCGCCCCGACCACCACCGCCCUCGCCUAGUCUUACCCACUCGGUUCUUAAUCACAGUGAUUGUAAUCAGGCCAGAAUGCCAAGGGGCCAAAUGGCAUCCAAUCUGCAGAAUUGGACAGGCAGCGAAAGGCAGCUUUGGUGUAUUACAAUCACAAAUUGCUGUUGUACAAUAUGUACACGCACAUUCUGCUAAAGUCUUUAGCCCCGUUUUCCAGGGCAGCAAGUUUUUAUUUACGCUGUUGUAAUCUUAACUGACAGAGAUAGUCUUAAAGCCCUUUGGGCUUCUGCAACGUAUUCAUCGUUAAGUCUUAAGAGAACGUCCAGGAUGUUUUGGCCAGUUAUGCAGAUGGUUAAGGAGAAAAUUAAUAAAUAAUGGCACUUAUUUUCCAAAUUUGAUUUGAGAUAGCUUAAUUGUAUUUACGUUUGUUGAAACAAAAUGCACAAUCAUUUUACUUGGAUCGGAUCUUUUUUUGAGCACUUGGGAGGGAAAAAAGACAAUUCAAACAGGCGGUCCUGCGCUCGACUGAAUUAUCCGCUCGUUCCGGAUCUCAGGUUGUUUUCGUGUGGAAGGACGGCCAAGAAGCAGCCAGCGGUCAGGGCCUCUUGUUUUAGGCUUUGGCCCUACCGAAGGCUCCUACGGGGUGCGAGCGCCAUUCACCUCCGCUCACCUGACCUCUGCCCAGCGCACGCCCUGCCUCAAGGGGCUGCCAUCUGGCUCCCGGCAUCGGCCCGUGCCCAGGAGAAAGGUAGCGAACAAUGGAGACGAGGCCCAUGUGGUUUAUUGUGCCCUCUCUCCAUCAAAGCGCUCGCGAAAGGCCUCGGCCAGAAGCAGCCACGAGGUGCUAGCGAGCAGAUGGAACAAGUAGAUCAAGCUGUGGGGGAUUAUUAAAAUGACUGACGAGUCGGUAUCAUCUGAAAUACGGCAUUAUUAAUGCAUGAGUCCCGCUAUUUUGCCUUUGCCCUUGAACCUGUCUGUUUCAUCAGUAACCCAGAGAUUAGAAUAGACAGGAAAUGUCACAGCGAGGCUGCUGGUCACUGCAUUACCUCCAAAGGUCUAAAAGGUACCGACGGCUAUUUAGCGCUUACUUCUCUCAGCAGUUGAAGCACCGCCCCCCUCUUUGAAAAAGCAUUUACUUCGAAGUUUCGAGCACUUGUAUUCGUACCUUUUAUUUGGUUGGUUUUAAGUUUGUUGUGAGUUUUACAUAAGGUACAAUACUUGGCUGGGUGUUACUUGACAUCCACGUUCAGUUUUUUUUUUUUUUUUUUUCUUCCCUGCUUACAAGCCAACGUUUAUUGUUUAAAGCUGUUAUAUCUGUUUGCUGGUGGAUUGGUUGAUUUGUACGUGAUUUGUACAUAUUUCCUUGACCAUGCCAAGCCAGUUCUGUAGGCUGGUAGCAGACAAAAGGACUGUUGUCGGGACUGAAACUUGAUUGCGCUUGUAUAGAUUAAAAAAAAAAACAAAAGGCAAAAAAAAAGAAAAGAAAAGACAAAAGAGACUAUUUCAAUCUCACACGGAGACAAUGAUUCAAAAGUGUUACAAGCACUGGAUAUAAAUGGUAUUUUUAUCAAUUCUGACUAAUGUGAAGCCGUUGUGCGAGGAAAAAAAAAAAAGAAAGAAAAAACCUACAUGAACAAGUCACCUGUUUGGACUCAUGUGAGCACGCCUCACAGUUGCCAGAUUUGAGUCAUUUUUCUCUUGACAUAUUUUGUUUAUUUAUGCAAAGACACGUGAUGAAUGAACACUUUGUUUAAGCUCCAGUGCUGCCUAGGGGAGAAAGAGCAGUAAAACUCGACGGAGAGGCUCGCGUAGUGACUGGCCAACUGAGACACACCGGACUUCAGUAGCACAUUUUAAUGGUCAUGUAUGUUUGUGUUGUAUAUUGUAUUUGAAGCUCUCUAGUGCAUAUAGACAUUUUAUUGUAUUUAUUAGCCAUUAUUGGCUCUAAAAGUGUCAGUAGAACAGAAUUAAAGGACAAUCAGAGAACAAGAAUAAAAACAGUGAAAUUUCAAAAUGGAUUGGAGCUCAAAACAAAGUUUCCUUUUUUAAAUCAAACAACUUCAAAAAAAAAAAAAAAAAAAAAUCUCCAUCUCAUUACAGAUUUGUUUUUUCAUUGUAAAUAUAACAUAGGAAAAAUAGAAUUCUAUUUUUGUUCAUGGAUACUUACUGAAGUAUAAAUUAUGUAUUUUACUUUGUUUUUUCUUUUUUUGUGUGUGUGUGUAUAUGUUUUUGGUCAUUGUACUUAGAAAAAAGAACGAAAUCACAAACUGACAAUUCACUGUACCUCAUGUAGUUGCUGAAUUCACAUCCCUGUUGAUUGAGUAGUAUUGGAGACACGGCUGAGACACCCGGGCAUCUCACUUCCACGUGUUUCAGCGAUGAACCUCGCACUCCAUGCUGAGUUAACCAGCCAUUUGCUAUGUUGUCAGUGCACUCUGUAGCAAAGGACAAGUCUUGAAAUCCAUGUACGUCGUUUUCUUUCUCUUUUACAAAUGUUGAGGUACUUGCUGAAGUUCUAUAAUAAUUGGUUUUGUGCCAAAUUUGAGUGAGAGAACAUGUAAUUGUGGGGCGUGUCGUACAGUACGGCUUCAUCUGAAAACAUAUGUGAGUUUCUCGCUGAGCGUUUUAAUCCAUUGGGGAUGUGCAAAUAUUUAUGAGUUUGUUUUUGUUUUUUUUUUAUGCUGCACAAUGCAGACCCACUCUGUGCAUUUGAGGUUUUCAUACAGUAUUUUUCUCUGUGUUGCUUCGUAGUGUUUAAUAGACCAUUUCCCAUCUAGUCAACAGCAAGUCGAAAAGACAUUUCUUUUAUAAUACAUAACUAUCACUGCCAUAUUAAUGCAAAGUAGGUACAAUAACUGAGGACAACGCUUGGGUGUUUCUACUUAUUUUACUGUAAUGCUUUUUGGUAUGGACUUUUGUGAUGUAUAUUGUGGGAUAGACUUUGUUAAUUUAAUCAGCACAAUUCACUGACAUGCUGGACUGACAUGCUAGCUGCUGUUCAGAAGAGUAAAAUGUUGCUGUCAGGGACAACGUAUGCUGUUGUCAAUGGUACUUUGCUUUUAGAUUUCUGUAGUCUCUCAAGCAACACUGUGUGUGGCUCCUCUGUCGCUAGGUACACUCUUGUUUCGAAUCCCGCUAGCAGCCUGAUAACACUUUUCUUUGAUUUUGUCUUUUGUGUGUGUGCGUGUGUGUGUGCGUGUGUGCGUGUGUAUGUAGAGACCGGUUUCUCAGCAGGUACAUAGACCCAUGGCAGGUAUUAUUUGUUUGGGCGUUAGAGAUAUAGAAUAGUAUCUGUUGCUGCUUUUGGAAAAAAAAAGUUUUAAGUCUAAAAAUGUAAAUAGUUUAUCAUAAUAUCUUGUACAGUCCAGUGUAAAGUUUUUAAUUGAACUUAAAAAGGUUGCCAUCACAUUUGUGUUCACAUUCUUCUUUAUACAGUACAAAAGACAGCUAUUUGCUAAGGAUAUUAUUGUUUAAAAAAAAAGGAAAAAAAAAAAGAAAAAAAGGUACUAAAAAUAUUUUUUUGCUUGGCUUUAGUAUGUAAACCAGCAAGUCAUUGGUUUCCAUGUGCAGUAUUGACGUGAGGUAAACUAAUUAAUGCUACAGUUGUAUGUCCAGAGACCAGUUUUCUCUGUAAUGGUAGUAUUAUUAUUAUAUCAAAUAAAAUAAACCAGAUGAGUGACACAUUUCGGUGUAUUUAGACACCUUAGUGGAUUGUACAAUAUCUAGGUUGUUCUCCCCACAAGCAGCAUUUGGCAUAUUGUAAUGUAACACCAUUUUUACAGUAUAUUCUCAAUUCACUGAUGUACGACAGCAGAUGAGGGUGUUCCUGUCUGUUUGCUUAUUUACCUCAAGAGUUCCUCUUUUUCCAUAAAAGAUAGAGUACACACACAUAUGACAAAAUCGUCUCACCAUCACUCCAUCUUUUGUACUGCUGUUGACACUUACAAAUUAAAGAGACAUUUUGUUUUA